AUGACAGCUUGUUUCUUCUCAGCAUAUCCGUGGGACAAAUCCUCUUUGAAAUCCAUGCCAGUAGAUCUGCAGCAAUUCGAGAAGCUGGAUGCCUACGCGUUAAAAGUAAACGUCAAGAACAGCGUAGAGGAACUCGUUAAAGCCCUGCUUAAACAAGCCCGGACUGAUCUGGAAAAAGUCCGAGCCAUAUGGAUGUGGAUAUGCCAUCACAUAGAAUACGACGUAGUGGGCUACCAUAACAAAAGCCAGCUGUCGAGCAAGCCCAUCGACGUGCUUCAGACGGGGAAGAGCAUUUGUGAGGGAUACGCUGGGCUCUUUGAACAAAUGUGCAGUGUUGCAGGAAUCCAGUGCAUGAAGCUAUCGGGAUACUCUAAGGGGUACGGGUACAAGAUGGGGCAGACCUUUGCAGGGGACUCCGACCAUGCCUGGAAUGCCGUCUACCUCGAUGGAAGGUGGCAUUUACUCGACAGCACCUGGGGAAGUGGUGCUAUUGACGAUUCGUUCACCAAGUUCACCUUCAGGUACAAUGAGUUUUAUUUUCUGACUCACCCCGCUCUGUUCAUUAACAAUCACUUCCCAGAUAACAGUAACUGGCAGCUUCUUAAGCCCACCCUGACGCUGAAAGAUUUCGAGAGCAACACGGUGCACAACAGCAACUUCUACACGCUGGGCCUGCUGAGCGCAGCCCCGGAGGCAGCCGUCAUCCAGACAGUAAAUGGAAAAGCCUCUGUAUCGGUGGAUUGCCGUUCUGCCACGUUAUUUACAUUUAAGCUGAAGGGAACAGAUGAACACGGUUUAAUGACUUUGAAAAAACAUGGGAUGAGGCUGGACAUCUACCCACAGAAGACAGGGAGUCACAAGCUGCAGAUCUUUGCCAAGCCCUCCAAAGCCUCAGCAGACGUCUACAGCUGCGUGUUAGAAUAUGUCGUAGAGUGCAAGUCUGUGGACAAGGCCAUGCGUUUCCCAAAGGACCUGCAUCAGCCUGUUGGACCAAGCUGGUUCACGGAGCGGCAAGGGUUCCUGAGGCCAUCGCACCCCGACCCCGUCAUUCACACCAACGACGGGCGCUGUUCUGUCACCUUCACCCUGGGCAAAGACAUCAGCGUCUUGGCCUCGCUGCACUCCGAUACCAGCAGCCUGACAGAGGAUAUGGGAAGGCGGCACAUCAUGCAAAUCCACCGUGGGAACCAAAUUGAAUUGAAGAUCCAUCUCCCCCACGCAGGGAACUUUGUCCUGAAAAUCUAUGCCAAGAAGAAGUCAGAUCCUGGCAAUUACGACUACAUCUUCAACUACCUCAUCACUUGCCUGAACACUGAAGUGAAGUGGCCAGCUUUCCCUCAGAGUUACAGCAAGUGGGUGGAAGACUAUGAAAUACUGGAGCCGCUCUCCGGCUUGCUGCCGGCGAAUCGCAACGUUCAGUUUAAACUCAAAAUGCACGGGAUAGCAAAGGUGCUGGUUCAGGCUGAGAACGCUUACCCUCUCGCCCAGAGCAGAGGCUACUGGGAGGGAACCUGCAACACUUCGGGAUGCAGAGAGGUGUUUGUGAUGGUGCACGAGAACGCUAACCACAGCUUUUACUCACACGUCCUGAAAUACGAAGUUGAGACCCAGUAA